AUGAAAGCAUUUGUUAUGUGCAAUGUGUAUGCUGAGAGUGGGGAUGUUAGCUGUGGGCAAGCCAGAGCAUCCAAGUGGCACAAACUGAAGAAGAAAAGUACAAUGUGCCUUCCACCUGAUAGCAACUUGUUAGAUUUCCACGUUGAAAGGACGAACUACAUUACAUAUUGUCAGCGUCAUUACAGCCUGCUAGAACACCCAUCCCCAAUUGGCCAUGGCUGGGAAAUUAUGAACACCCUUCCUCCCUUGCCAGAGCAGCUCACACGUUGGGAUUCUUCAGAUGAGAAUACGGACGAGAGCAGCAGCGACAAUGAAAUGA